GACGACAACAACGAAAAAUUCCUUCUAAUUGUGUAAAAAAUUAUCUGUUAAUUUUCAUCGUUUUUACUGAAAUCAUGUCGGUGACAAGGGUAGCUGUUGUGACUGGGUCCAACAAAGGGGUUGGAUUUGGAAUUGUUGACACUUUGUGCAAGAACCUUGGAAAGGAUUGUGCUGUUUACCUUACAGCUCGUAGUGUUGCCCUGGGUGAGGAAGCUGUGAAGCAACUUGAAGCUCAGGGCUAUCACCCAAAGUUCCACCAACUUGAUAUCUGCUCUGUGGAAAGUAUCAAUAAAUUGGCCAGCUACCUGAAGGAGAAGUAUGGUGGUCUUGAUAUCCUGGUCAAUAAUGCUGGAAUUGCUUAUAAGAAUGCCUCCACUGCACCCGUUUCAGAGCAAGCUGAGGUCACCGUUAGGACUAACUUUACUGGAACCUUGGAUACGUGCAAGGCGCUCUUUCCUUUGCUCCGUCCACAUGCAAGAGUUGUCCACGUUUCUAGUUUAUCAUCGAUGGUUGCCCUGAAAAACUGUUCCGAUGAGUUGCGAAAAAAAUUCACAUCACCGAUGACCAUGGAUGAACUUGUGGCCAAAAUGAGCAGCUUUGUUCAGGCAGCAAAGGAUGGUCAGGUCGCUGAGAGAGGUUGGCCUUCAUCAAAUUAUGGCACAUCUAAACUGGGUGUGACUGUCAUGGGUAGGAUACAGCAGAGGGACUUUGACAAUGAUCCCAGGGAAGACAUCAUUGUAAAUACUUGUUGUCCAGGUUACGUUAUGACUGACAUGAGCAGUGAUAAAGGAACAAAGACUAUCCAAGAAGGUGCAGAAAUUCCUGUCUAUCUUGCUUUGCUGCCGCCAAAUGAUGUGAAAAACCCACGAGGAGAGUUCAUUGAAAACAUGACGAUUACAGAAUGGAAGUAGAUUACAAUCUGUGCCCAGACCUGUGACAACAUAAUCAGCGUUUGGUCCUUUAAAAAGAAGAGUCUUGAGUCCAACCUUUACUGUCACUCCUCACUGAAAUAUUUAUGUUCCAAAGUUUCUCAGUAUUGACUGCAAUGAUCAUCUCUGCCUAAUGCUCUAAAGCUUCCGACAUUUUUAUCGCAGCAACCUCCUACUGCAAUGAGUGAUGACUGAUUGUUUGUCUGCAGGUGAUGGCUGGGUUUAAUGUCUUUUUAUAUGCUGUUGCAGCAGUGAUUUAUGCUGUAUGAGACACCUGCAAGAGAUCUGCCAAAUAUCAGAAUCGCAGAAUCUACAGAAGGUUUAUAUUCAUGUAGUGUAUUUUAGGUAACAUGGGGAUUUACUCAAUAUAUUUACAAUACAAUAAUAAGUACAUGUACAUGUAUGUUCAUUUAAAAUCUGUACAUUUGCGUGUCAUGUGUUAAUGAAUGAAUCUUUGGAAUGCCAACUAUGCAUGUGUUAACACAAAUUGCAUACAAAUUGCAUUUUGUACUGUACUAGACGAAUAAAUUAUUUGAGGUAUUUCCA